UCGGCCCAGCUCCGGAAGCUGCUGCUGCCCACCCCACUGACGUGUCGGGGCAGCGAGACGUGUCGCGAAAAGUCGCGGUGGAACUUACCUGCGGUGUACAGAUCUGGCGCUUUACGCUGCUAGGCACUGCUGAGCUGGGAGAUGUCGGCUGCGGGCAGGGCGGAGCCCUUGGGUCCUCCCGGCAGCUUUGCGAAGCGGCUCUUGGUGACCGGGGGUGCUGGUUUCAUCGCAUCACAUGUGAUUGUCUCUUUAGUACAAGAUUAUCCGAACUAUAUGAUCAUAAAUCUAGACAAGCUGGAUUACUGUGCAAGCUUGAAGAAUCUUGAAACCAUUUCUAGCAAACAAAACUACAAAUUUAUACAGGGUGACAUAUGUAAUUCUCACUUUGUGAAACUGCUUUUUGAAACAGAGAAAAUAGAUAUAGUGCUACAUUUUGCUGCGCAAACACACGUAGAUCUUUCAUUUGUACGUGCCUUUGAGUUUACAUAUGUUAAUGUCUAUGGCACUCAUGUUUUGGUAAGUGCUGCUCAUGAAGCCAGAGUGGAGAAAUUUAUUUACGUUAGCACAGAUGAAGUGUAUGGAGGCAGUCUUGAUAAGGAAUUUGACGAAUCUUCACCCCAACAACCUACAAAUCCGUAUGCAUCAUCUAAAGCAGCUGCUGAGUGUUUUGUACAGUCUUACUGGGAACGAUAUAAAUUUCCAGCUGUCAUCACACGAAGCAGUAAUGUUUACGGACCACAUCAAUAUCCAGAAAAGGUUAUUCCAAAAUUUAUAUCUUUACUACAACACAACAGGAAAUGCUGCAUUCAUGGAUCAGGGCUUCAAACGAGAAAUUUCCUUUAUGCUACCGAUGUAGUAGAAGCAUUUCUCACUGUCCUCAAGAAGGGGAAACCAGGUGAAAUUUAUAACAUCGGAACUAAUUUUGAAAUGUCAGUUCUCCAGCUUGCCAAAGAACUAAUACAACUGAUCAAAGAGACCAAUUCAGAGUCUGAAAUGGAAAACUGGGUGGAUUAUGUUAAUGAUAGACCUACCAAUGACAUGAGAUAUCCAAUGAAGUCAGAAAAAAUACAUGGUUUAGGAUGGAGACCCAAAGUGCCUUGGAAAGAAGGAAUAAAAAAGACAAUUGACUGGUACAGAGAGAAUUUUCACAACUGGAAGAAUGCAGAAAAGGCAUUGGAACCCUUUCCAGUACAACCACCAUUUGUAUAGUCAAGACAGUUUUCAGAGAAAGAAGAAAAUUAUCCUACCUCCACAAGCCAUGGGAAACCAAGUGACCAAAUGGUGUCCUCUUUUCUUUUGGAAUUAGAUUCAUGACUUUUUGCAUAAAAUUCAAAUGCAAAACACCUCAAUCUUUAGAAUAGGUUUGGUGCUGGCAUAGGAUUUAAAUUUCAAGAUUCUUUCCAAAAACCUUUCUCCUGAAAGUUAGGCACCAGAAGGCCUAGAAAGACCUUUCGUAGGAAGGGGCCAGGAAAAUGGAAUCUCAUGGUUCUGAGAACAAGGACCGAGCCCAGUUCUGCGCUGACGACAGCCUUCGCGGGCCCUGAACUCAGUUGCCCAACCUUCCCCACUGCCUACAAAGUCUCUCAAGUUUCCAUUUUUAGGCAACAUAGGAUGAGCUGUCUGUCCUCAUUCAUCUUUUUUAUUAAAGGUCUGAUAUGCUAUAAUUGCUUUAAAAGUGGAACAAUGGAAUCAUAUCUAGCACUUUUUAACUUUAGAUAAUUUUGUAAAAUUAAGUUAAAUGUUUUUUAAAAGAAGGAUGUAGUUUUUACAUUUUCAAAAUCAGUUGUUGGACUAUAUAUGAGUAAUCUCAUAUGAGAGAUUUUUAUCAUGUAUUUGCCAUUUAAAAUGAUUUUAUUUAUAAAAGUAUCAAUAUUGUAACGUAUUUAAUGUAGAAUGUGGCUUUAUUUUUACUAAGGUAUGUUUUUAUUUUGCUGUAGAAAAAAUUUUUAAACAUCUUGAUUAAAUACUUUUAAUUCCUCUCUCUCCUAAAGACUUUAAGAUGGCUUGAAAAAGCAGCUGACUGGAUAUUGCAUUGAGAAAGGGUGAGGAGUUCAAGGUUGUGCCCAGCUUUCUGGCUUCCAUGCAUGUGUGAUGACUUCUUUCCUCCGUGAAGUGGAAAGCUAGGUCAUUCACUCACAGGUGGUUAAAAGUAAGAGGGGUAAGGGUGGAGUAAGGGCCUCGAAGAGGUGGAGAUUGCGAAAAGAAUAAGCAGCUCCAAAGUUGGAAGAGGAUUUGCCAAGCAGGAGUGAAACACAAACUGACAUUGAACACGGUCAUUUCAGGAUUCUGAGAUGUGGGGGCACCUGGGUGGGUCAGUCAGUUAAGCAUCAGACUCUUGAUUUCGGUCAGAUCGUGAUCUCACGGUUUGUGAGUUCAAGCCCCGAGUUGGGCUCUGUGCUGAGUGUGGAACCUGCUUGGGAUUCUCUCUCUCCCUCUCUCUUUGUCCCUCCCCUGCUUGUGGUCUCUCUCUUUCUCAAAAUAAAUAAACAUUAAAAAAAAAAUAAUUCUGAGAUGUGCAAAGUGGAUUUAUCCAGAGGUGGGCAUAGUAGGAGUCGGGAGGGGCCGAGGGGCAGAGGGCUAAGAAUGAGCAAAGAGUGAGGCCCCCUGGUCCUGACUGUUUAGGGAAGAAAAUUCUUCCUGGGGGUUGGCUGUAGCUAGAGGAAAUGGAGAGGGGACCAGGCACGGAGGUGUGGCAGUGAGAGGUUGGGGAGGCUGGGAAGUUACAGGCAGAAAAUGGGACCAACUGAGAGCAGAUGGUCUUUUGGUAGAGUCUGGUCAUUGAGGGUAGAUAACAAAAACACUGUUUUCUGUGGCAUUUAGUUUUGUACAUAUUUUUGUGUGCCUUUAUUCCCAACUUUAAUAUACUCAAUAUGGCUUAACUUUAUCAUUUAUUUAGUCUCAGGAGAUGACUGGACAGGCAUUAAGAACAUAUAAUGAAAAACCAGUGGAAACAAAUUUAUGCAAAAGUGUUAAAAAAAAAAAUGAACGUUCUACAUCAUAUGUCAUCAGAGAAGCGCAGAUUAAAACAAAAACUGGAUACCUAUUAGAAUGACCAAAUCUGGAACACUGACAGCAACAAAUGCCGACGGGUGCGGAGCAACAGGAACUCUCCUACACCUGCUGUUGGGAAUGCAAAAUGGUACAGCCACGUUGGAAGACAGUUUGGCAGUUUUCUGACAAAAGUAAACAUACCUUUACCACAUGAUCCAGCACUCACACUCCUUGGUAUUUACGCCAAGGAAUUGAAACUAUGUCCACACAAAAACCUGCACACAGAUGUUUCUAGUAACGUUAUUCAUAGUUGUCGAGACUUGGAAGCAACCAAGAUGUCCAGUAGGUGAACGGAUAAAUAAACUGGUGCAUCCAAACUGCAUGAGCUGUCCAGCCACAGAAAGGACAUGGAGAAAGCUUACAUGCACAUUACCAAGUGUAGGAAGCCAAUCUGAAAGGAGCGUGCGGGAAACAUGCUGAGACAAAGUAACGCCUGUAAUGAUAAAAGAGGAAGCAAGAUUGGGCAGGAUAAUGGUGCUGGCUCGGGCUCUGCAGGCAGAAAGGGCAAAUCCAUAUGGAAAACGUUAUCUCUUGUGAGAAUAAACCACUGGCCCUUUCAGGAUGCAAAGGGCUCCAAUGGAGUCAACUUGCCACCAAGUACCUGAUGGGUUUCUUCAAGGGAUCGUGCCAUAUUGGGGCUCAGCCUUUGUCUGUUGCCAGCAGGAUGGAUGUGCAGAAGUGGCAGUGGCUAGAUUGGCCUUGAACCACAGGUACUUGCACUGUGAUUCCCCCACUGGGGCUCACCAUAACAUCUCUGCUAUGACCCUUUCUACGACCGACAUCUCCAAUACCACAGGGCCCACCAGAGCACAUGGCCCGAGUGGCAGGGGGAGUUGUUCCCCAGCUUGGACCUGCUGCACACAGCCCUUUCCCUGCUCCAGAGAGCCUUCGUGUCACUCUGUUUAUGGGCGGAAGCAUCAUCCCUAAGUGUGGAAUGUGUGGCCUCCAGAAUCCAAAGAGGCUACCAGGCACUGUGCUUCCCUUGUGGAAGGGGGUGCAAGAGGCAGCAGUUUGAUUUCGUCACUGCUCUUCUAAGAAUUUCCUGAAAUGGCAAGUCCUGAAUCUUCACAGGGUUUAUCUUCCACCCUCUAGACUGCACGUGAAUUAGCAACGCCACCAGUGUGCUACCUGCUCCUGCUGAUUCUGCCUGAUCAGCAGGAUGCCAUCAGUUUAAUAGAUGCAUGUGAUAUUCCACAGGACGGUCAGAAGGUCCAAGUCUCUUCAGAGAGCGGAACCAGUAACAGAGCCCCGAGGCAAAACUCUAAAUGCACCUGGUUCCUGAUAUUCUUUUUUGAUUGAGAUAGAAAAAACAUAUUCACCAGAUCAAUGGCUGGAUACCAUGUUCCAGGGACCGUAGACUCUGUUCUAGCAAAAGAGAUGCCACAUGGGCCCAGCAGCUGCUGUGGGAGCCACUACCUGACUGAGCUGUCAGUUGUCCGCAGCCAUUUUUUCCAGAAUCCACCCAGACUGGUGAAUUCAAUGGAGAAUUGAUGGGGAUCCAGCCCGGUUUCCUGAAAUCCUUCAGGGUGACACUCACCUUCACGGUCUCCUCCAAGUUGCGAUUUUGUUUUUGAUCUACUGUCUCUGCGAGAGAAGGAGUUCGAGCUGUUUGGAAAAACCUGGGACCCUGACACUUGGGAAGGGAAUAUCUGGGUGGAUACCCAUAAAGAUUUCAACUCUUCUUUUAACUAUUAAGUUUUGAGUUUGGUUUCAGGCCUUUUCUGUUCUCCUGGUUUAAGAACUAAGGCCCUCACGCUAAGUUGUCAGUGUCGGUUAACUGCCCUCAGCUUUUCAUCACGCUCUGUGGGGCAUCCAUGUGACUCACUAACAACCAAUCAAUUCCAUUGUCCUCAUAUGACUUGUUCCCUGAACUUCGCAAAUGCCUGAAUUAUUGCGAGUUUUAGCAUUUGGUUUGCCACCUUGUGCAAGGGACGCUCUGUGAGCCAUGCCCCACUCAGGUGGUAUUCUCUUGACCAGCCAGGCAGACAGUGCGGUGAUCUGUUCCCAAACCUAACCUCCCACCUGCUUGGUUGGACCAUCGGCCUCCGUUGGAUCCCCGGUGAAGGGGUGACGGAGACAGAGGUAGGGGUGCAGGCACUUUAUAGUGAGGGGGGAUGCUUGAUGAAAGGUGUGCAAGGGAGGAUGUGCAGGAGGAACCCAUGGGCUGCAGUGCAGGUCGGACAGCUGUGAAAAGAAAGGCGUGGGGAGACAGCCUCAGCCCGCGAUGCAGAUCUGCCCAAACACCAGGCGACUGGACAGGGAGCUCCAGAGCAAGCACAGCGUGUGGGAGGAGGUCUCGAACCGGGCAGAAAUGCGGGGUGCCCCGUUGUGGUCGGUCAUGGGCUGCAGGCUGCUCAGAGACAACUGAGAUGGGUCCCGAAGGCUCUGCAGUCAUAGGCUCUCAGCUAACCGCAGUCUUGGCAGCUUGCGUGUCAAGCUCCAUCUUGAAGGGAAAUCCAAGUGGUGAGACCUCCAGAGCUGCUACUGUGCUGUUUGCCCUGAGGAGGGUCCUGGGGCUUAUCUGCUCCCGACACAGACUUUCACUCAGACUGCUUGCUUUUAGUCCAGGGCCUUGCCCUCCCCCACCUCCCCUGGGCCCACCUUCCACAGCUCCUCGCGCUGUGGGGGCCUUUUGUGAGGUCAACCAGCCCAACCCAGAUGUUCUGAGAGAACUUUUUGCAGAUGACAUUUGAGUUGUGAUUUGUUUUAAAGGAUGACCCACAGUCAGCAGAGGAAA